AUGUCUUCAUCUGACUAUUCCUCUUCUGACGACGAUGAGAAACCAAAGGUGAGGUCUCAGAUGGACGAUGACCUUUUCGCCGAUGAGGAAGAUAGAAGGCAAGUAAUGGCAAUGAAUGAGAAAGACAGGGAACAGGAGAUAUUUAAUCGCAUGGAACAACAAGAAAUGAGGCGAACAAGGUCUGUUGUGAAAGUUGAUAAGAAGGAGAAGAAAGAAAAACAAAGAAAGCGUAUCAACGAGAGUGAUAGUGAUGAUGCUGGUGCUGGGUCAGAUUCUGAAUCGGAAGCAGAUAUGGCGUUCCAUCGCCCUUCUGAAGUCCACAAAAAGGCUACACAAAAGAAUGCAAUGGCAGACCUACUUGCUAAACGAAAGGAUAAAGAAAAUAAAGCUGCCAAAAAAGCCGCUUUAUCAAUCGACGCUGUGUUUGGGAAGGAUCAUAGCGAUGGCUCAUCAUCAUCAUCAUCAUCAUCAUCUUCAUCAGCCUCUUCUCGAUCAUCAUCCCGUGGUUCAUCACCUAGGAGAGACGGAGGAAAAACGGUUUCGGAGUUGUCCAGAGCUCGAAUUUCACGAUACAAAAUUGCCAAGAUCGUCUAUGCACCGUUCUUCGCUAAAACUGUUAUUGGGUGUUUUGUACGAGUAGGACUAGGAGGAUAUGGUGGAAAGUCGAAAUAUAGGCUUUCACAAGUUGUUGAUGUUGUGGAUACAAACCGAGUUUAUACUUUCGAAAAUAACAAGACCAACAAAGGCCUCAAACUUAGAUAUGGAAGCGACGAACGAGUUUUCCGCAUUGAAUUUGUUUCAAACGCAGAGUUUGGGGAGGAGGAAUUCUCCGAGUGGAGAAAAGUCACCAAGGAAGAGGUUAGGUGCCAUAUUUGUAACAUGGAUAGUAGUGCUAUAAUUUACGUGUUCUUAAUUGUUCGAGAAAAGAAGAAGUUUUCGGACAAGGUGAAGAACUUCGCUUUGACCAAAGGAGAACUCAUAAAGCAAAAGGUAUGCUUUAUUUAUAAUUCACUAUUACUUCGCUCUUCAUCCUCGCCGUUUGGGUUUUAA